AAUAAGUUAGACUAGGGCUAAUUCCCCCCUCCAAAUUUAUCCCACCCACUACAAUAAAAACUCUAAAUUUAGGUAGAGUCUAAGGACACCAUGGUGCCACAGGCCGUUAAGCUGCUGCAAGCUUCGCUGGCCUCCCAGUGGAGGCGCCACGCCAAGCUGCAUCCCAUGGCCAAGGGGGCCCUGACAUACGCGGUGAUGUGGCCAACGGGCAGCAUCAUCCAGCAGACGCUGGAGGGCCGCAAGCCAAGAGACUACGACUGGGCGCGUGCCCUGCGCUUUAGCCUCUUUGGAGCCCUGUAUGUGGCGCCCUCGCUGUACGGCUGGGUGAGACUAACCAGCGCCAUGUGGCCACACACAAACCUGCGCACGGGCAUAGUCAAGGCCAUAACCGAGCAGCUAUCCUACGGACCUUUUGCCUGCGUCAGCUUCUUUAUGGGCAUGAGUCUCCUGGAGCUAAAGACCUUCAGCCAGGCGGUGGAAGAGACCAAGGAGAAGGCCUUGCCCACCUAUAAGGUCGGCGUGUGCAUAUGGCCCUUCCUGCAGACCAUCAACUUCUCGCUGGUGCCGGAGCACAAUCGCGUGGUAUUUGUGAGCAUUUGCAGCCUGAUGUGGACCAUCUUUCUGGCCUACAUGAAGACGCGUCGCGAGGAGGAGCAGCCCGCUGUUAUUCCCUGACUUGUGUUCCCCUUGAAUUAGAUAGAGUUAGCUUACGUGAA